AUGACGCUGGGAUCCGAUGACAGCCUCUACCCCAUAGCCGUACUCAUCGACGAGCUCCGCAAUGAGGACCCUGCCCUGCGCCUCAACUCGGUGCGAAGGCUGCGCACCAUCGCGCUGGCCCUGGGCGAGGAGCGCACCCGCCGGGAGCUCAUCCCUUUCCUGAACGAGAACUCGGAUGACGAGGACGAGAUCCUGCUGGCCAUGGCCGCGGAGCUGGGCGGAUUCGUGAGCCUGGUUGGGGGCCCGGAGCACGCUCAGGUGCUGCUGCUGCCGCUGGAGACACUGGCCACCGUGGACGAGACGGUGGUGCGCGACAGGGCGGCCGAGUCGCUCAUCGCUGUGGCCUCAGCCAUGCCCGUCCCCGCCCUCGUGGAGUUUUUCGUGCCAGCUCUGCAGCGCCUGGCCGGCAAGGAGUGGACAGCCCGCGUCUCGGCCACGCGCCUCUUCACCCCCACCUAUGCGCGGUGCCCGCCGGAGCACCGCCCCGACCUGCUUCGCGCAUUCCUCGCCCUGACCAAGGACGAGACGCCGAUGGUGCGUCGCGCGGCGGCCCAGGCCCUGGGAGACUUUGCGCAGGUGGUGGAACCGGAGCCCCUCAGCGCCGAGCUGCUCCCCGCCUUCCUCCAACUCACCCGCGACGACCAGGACUCGGUGCGACUGAUCGCGGUUGAGGCCUGUGGCCCCCUGGCCAAGGUGCUGCCGCGGGAAGCCGUGUACGAGCACGUGCUCCCCGUCCUCCAACACUUUGCGCUGGACAAGUCGUGGCGCGUGCGGUACAACGUGGCGCAGCAGCUCCCUGCCCUGGCCGAGGUGCUGGGGGGCGAGGCGACGCGCGCCGAGCUGCUCCCCGCCUUUCUGCUGCCGCCGGUGAAGGAGCUGGCGGGGGACGGCAACCAGUACGUCCGCGCUGCCCUGGCCUCCGUGGUCCUGGAGCUCGCGCCCGUCGUCGGCAAGGCGAGUGGAGACAUACCCCUGGGAGGCAGGGAGUGCAGCGACGCGGCCACCAUCGAGCACCUGCUCCCCGUCUUCCUCAGCUUGCUCAAGGACGAGUGGGCCGAGGCGCGGCUGAACAUCAUCGGCAAGCUGGACCAGGUCAACCAGGUCAUCGGCGUGGACCUGCUGGCACAGAGUCUGCUGCCCGCCAUCAAGGAGCUGGCAGAGGACCGCAACUGGCGCGUCCGGCUGGCCAUCAUUUCGCACAUCCCGCUGCUAGCCGGCCAGCUGGGCGCCGACUUUUUCGAGCAGAAGCUGGGGCAGCAGUGCAUGCGCUGGUUGCAGGACACGGUCUUCAGCGUGCGAGAGGCUGCCACCAACAACCUCCGGUCCCUGGCCCAGGAAUUCGGCGCCGACUGGGCGCGGGAGCAUGUCUUGGCCCUGGCGGGGCACCAGAACUACCUGUACCGCAUCACGGUCCUAGCGGCAGUGUCCAGCCUGGCGGCGGUGGUGCCUAGGGACACGCUCUGCAACGCCAUGCUGCCGACAGUGGUGGAGAGGGCCAAGGAUCGGGUGCCCAACGUGCGAUUCAACGCUGCGCAGCUGCUCGAGCGGCUGGCGGGGCUCGUGGAUCCCCCCGUCGUCGACCAGGUGAUCAAGCCCGUUCUGGCGGAGCUGGCGGCAGACAGGGACGCGGACGUGCGGUUCUUCGCAACGCACGCGCUGGCGGCCUGCGACGACCUGGCGGCCAUGGCCUGA